AUGAAAUCAGAAGAUAAUUCUUCUGAUCAUAGUGAUGAUUCUUCUUCACAAAAGAAGAAAGAUCAUCAACAACAUAAUCGUCCAUGUUCUUCUUCUCUUUCUGGUAAGAAGCGAAAGCAUGAAGCAGAAUCAUCAUCAGCCAACAACAACAACAACAACAACAAUGCUUGUACUGAAUGCGGUAAGAAAUUCUGGUCAUCUAAAGCACUUUUUGGUCACAUGCGUUGUCAUCCUGAACGUGAAUGGAGAGGCAUUAAUCCUCCUCCCAAUUUCCGACGACGACAACAACAACAACAACAACACACUCAAAGCGCUUCUUCUUCUCACUCAUUCGUCAAUACAAUGACUCCUAACGAUCAUGAAGUUGCUUCCUGUUUGAUUUUCCUUGCAAAUUCAAAACCCAGAGGAGUUGAUGAUGUAGUAGAUCAUCAUCAUCAUCAAGACAAUAAUGGUCAUUUUGUGUGUUCGUGUUGUAAUAAGGUUUUUGGAUCGCAUCAGGCUCUUGGUGGACACAGAGCAAGUCACAAAAAUGUCAAGGGCUGUUUCGCCAAUACAACUCCAAUAACCGCUUCCACUAUUACUGCUUCUUCUUCUCAUCAUCAUCAUCAUGAACAGCAACAACACCACAACCAGAUGAUGGUUCCGCGUGACGGUUAUAAUGCUGGUGAUGUGGAAGGUGAAGCGGUUAAUGAGAUAAGUUGCGGAGGAGGAGGACACCACCAGUGUAGCAUAUGUUUUAGGGUGUUUUCCACCGGACAAGCACUCGGUGGUCAUAAGAGGUGUCACUGGGAGAAAGGGGAAACCAGCGGAGUAGUAGCAGCAGCAGCAGCAUUGGACUCUGCUGCAACAACAUCCAACAACAAUAAGUCUUCUUCUAGUGUUAAUGUCGUUGACUUGAAUUUCCCUCUUCCUCCACCACCACCGCCACCUGAUGAUAAUGAUGAUCCUGAUGACUCUUCUCUUGAUUUGAGGUUGGGACUUUAA